AUAAUGUUUUGAAUGCAAUUUUGAUGACAAAUAGUCAAAACAUUUAUUUUAUAAUCAAUUGAUUUGUUUUCUCAACAAUAAUUGCAUUAUCAUUGAAAUUAUGGAUAAAAUAUCGGAUCUAAUGGUUUACCAUAAGAUUGUUGGUCUCAUCAAAGACCUUAAACUCGGAUCCACUAAUGGUUCGUAUGAAUUGGCGACCAAUACUGUGAUGAUUAUACAAGAACUCAUUGAUCAAUAUAUGUGGUCUAAUGUCAGUGAACUAAUAAUUGUGAUUAAAGAGAUCGCCGAUGAGGUGAUCACCGCUGAACCGACAGAAACAGUGACCGGAAAUAUGUUUAAAAGAGUUUUAAAGAUAAUUAGAGACGAAUUCGCAAACGCCAGAGGACUUCAUAAUGAAGGAGAGAUUGAAGAAUCGCUUCAGAAAAUGAUAACCACUGAUGAAGAGCCGAAAGUUAAUUAUGAGAUUAAUUCUGAGUUUUUGAAGGAAUCUAUCAACGACUCCAUCAGUGAAUUGUUGUCUGAAUUAGAGAUGAGUGUAGAAAAUAUAGCGAAACAAUCACUCGAACACAUCUACUUUGAAGAAGUCAUUAUGACUUGUGGUAAAUCCAAGACUGUGGAGGCCUUCUUGAAAUAUGCGGCGAAGAAAAAGAGGAGAUUUCAAGUCGUAAUCGCUGAAUGCGCGCCAUUUUAUAACGGUCACGAAUUAGCUGUCAGUCUUUCUAACGAAAAGAUCAAUACAACAAUAAUUCCCGAUUCGGCUAUAUUUGCUAUUAUGUCGAGAGUUAAUAAAGUUAUAAUAGGAAGUCAUUCAGUAAUGGCUAACGGAGGUUUGAAAGCCGUGAGCGGCGCCUAUACUCUAGCACUGGCAGCCAAACAUUAUUCUGUUCCGUUGAUAGUCUGUACGGCAAUGUUUAAGCUAACGCCACAAUAUCUCGUAAGUCACGAUCAGUUGGCUUUCAACAAGUUUUCGUCUCCACAACAAGUGAUGCCAUACGAAGAGCCAGAAAUGGCAACCGAUUGUCAGGUUGUGAAUCCUGUCUUUGAUUACGUACCGCCAGAAUUGGUCACUGUUUUUGUUUCAAAUAUUGGUGGUAAUUCUCCCUCAUAUGUAUACCGGUUAUUGAAUGAAUUAUAUCACACCGAAGAUUAUUAAAUUUUUAUUAUAAUCCUAUAAUAAAUAUUUACAAUAAAAUUUAAAAAU